AUGGAGCCUACAAGCGUUUGUCCAAUCAACGAGAUCCCUCCGGAACUAUUGGCACGCAUAUUUUGGCUGUGUAUGUCGCCCUUCGAAGGUCACAAAGUCUUCGUAUGGCCAUUCUGGUGGACAGGCUGCUCGCGGGUCAGGAAGACGCAAGAACUGGUGCCACUCGCGCACGUAUGCAAGCUGUGGCGCGAUCUUGCAUUGCAGACACCUCUGUUAUGGAGUUCCAUCGACGGCACUGGUGGUCUUUCAGGGCCCGCCUUCUCGGACCUAUCGAUCACCGCGGGUGCUCCACUGAGGAUACUCACCGCUGGUAUGAUGGUCCUCGAGAGAGCUGCCAGCGUCCCUCUCAACAUUUUUGCCAUGCAAUGUCUUCACCCUUCCGUGCAAUCCAUAUGUCAGAAUGACAGCGCUCGCAUCCGGGAGUUGCAUCUGACUUGCAUAGACGAGAAAACCGAGACCAUCAGGCGCCUGUCUGACUUUCCUGCUGCAUCCCUGGAAUAUGCGACAUUCCAUCCCACCGUGUUCACAGUCAGCUUAAGGAGAUCUCGCCAUUCACACAAUCCCAACACAAUCCUGCUAUGGCGCGGUCAAGCACCCCGGCUUCGGAUCCUGACCUGGCAAAUCUGCAUCUGUCUCCCGAGUAAUCAGUUCCUCUCCCUUACGCAUCUCUGCAUCUCUCCCAUCCCCGACCGUACACCCCGAUGGGGACUGCCAGAUCUAUUGAAAUUACUAUAUAAAUGCCCAGCAUUGCAAGAGCUAGUCCUUACCCGCUUGACAGCUCCUAUCCCAGAAGCUGAGGAUCCUCCACGUGUCGCCUUGGCAGCCUUGCGCACACUCGUCGUUGGAUGGAUUUGUCCUGCAUUAGCGACUUGGCUGAUCGACCAUAUCAUUGCUAUGGAUGAUGCAACAGUGCAUAUCCAUAUGCCCACCUGCCCGUUCUUACAUAUACCCGCUCGCAUGCCGGCGUCCCGAGUUGAUCUUGCGCACAUAUUCCUAUCCACAGACGAGGAGGACCGCAAUAUUGUUGUCACCGCUACUGGCAAGUCCUCAGGCGGUAUUCGUGUUGACUUUGUUGAAUGGUUGCCAGAUGCUUUUACAGAGUCAUGCGAUAUUUGCUUCGAUUGGCUGGCCUCCUUGUGGAUGACGUGGCAGCUGGACCACGUCCAAGAGCUUUGGUUGAGCGAGUGCGUAAAUCCAGAUCGACUGGGAGGCUAUCCGGUGAUUUUGGGCGCACUUCCGUCCGUCACAACGAUUUUCUUGUGCGAGAGCACAUACCACAAUACUUACGUCAACCAGUACCUCUAUGCCUUCGCGGAGGCGUUAUCAUAUACUGGAGAUGGUGCAUCGGUCUUCUGUCCCCAUCUAAAAACCCUACACCUAUACCUUGUUACCGAAACAAUAAAUGUCGAGGCUCUGGCCAAAAUCAGGCAUGCAAGACAAGGACUCGGAUGCCCAAUCCAAUCGGUCGUUGUGGAGUACAUAAUAGACAUGCCCUGGGGGCCGGGCAAAUUCUCCGGCGAGGACGAGCUGCCACGCACGGAGAAUGGUUAUGAAUGGAUAGAGUACCGUCUUCGAAAGGAUCCUCCUCAAACGCCUCAAAUGCCUCAAACGCCUUGGCUAGAUCCUUGA